AUGGUGCCCCCGCGUCCUGCCAGUGACUGGCGACGACCAUGGCUGUCUGCCUACCACCUCGCAUUCUCUUUGCUCACCGACCCUCGGUACUUCUACGCACUUUCUGCCCUGGUCAUUUUGGGUGAUGCUGUCUUAACUCAACUGAUCAUACGCUUUGUACCAUAUACCGAGAUUGACUGGGAGACAUACAUAUACCAGCUAGAGCUCUACUUGAAGGGAGAACGAGACUACUCCUUGAUAUCGGGACCCACGGGGCCAAUCGUUUAUCCUGCGGGCCAUGUUCAUAUACACCACGCUCUCUUCAACCUCACAGACUCCGGGAAUAACCUCAAAGUUGCGCAGAAGGUCUAUGCCGUCCUUUACAUCGCGCUUUUAACGACGACAUGUGGGAUCUAUGGUCGUGCGGGAGGCGUGCCUAACUGGAUAGUCCUGCUCCUACCGCUCAGCAAGAGGCUACACUCCAUAUUUGUCCUGAGGCUUUUCAAUGACUGCUGGAUGAGCGCAUUUGCGCAUGCGGCGGUUCUUGCGUAUGCGAGUGCGUUCGACUUGUUGGGUACAGUUCUCCUCGGCUGUGCCUUGUCAGUCAAGAUGUCUGCACUUCUGUACCUCCCAGGCUUGCUAGUGGUGCUCUUCAAGAAGCACGGGCUUGUAGGCACUCUGGCACAUCUCGCGGUCCUCGUGUCUACCCAGGUCGCUGCUGGGCUUCCGUUUCUACUCCACCAUCCUGGCUCAUACCUCAAGCACUCCUACGAGUUCUCUCGCCAAUUUCUCUACAAGUGGACCGUGAACUGGCGGUUCGUCAGUGAAGAGACAUUCCUGAGUCAAUGGUGGGCACGCGGGCUUCUUGCAGGACACGUCGCAGCUCUGGUCACAUUCGGUCUAUGCAAGUGGUGCAAACGAGAAGGAGGCGCAUGGGCCGUCAUAAGCGGUGGCCUCCGGACCCCUUGGCGUCGGCCAGAAGGCUGCCAUGUCACCAGCGACUUCACGACCACGGUGCUCUUCACUUCCAACCUCAUCGGCAUUUUGUUUGCGCGGUCCCUGCAUUACCAGUUCUAUUCCUGGUAUGCCUUGCAACUCCCUUUCCUUGCUUGGAGGACCAAAUACCCCUUGCCGUCAAGUAAACUGGUGCUGCUCCUCGCCAUUGAGUAUGCAUGGAACGUAUUCCCGUCGACGCUGGUCUCGUCCGCCACUCUAUGUGUAGCCAACGCGGUGCUCGUGACUGGCGUUUGGUUUGGCUACCCUGAAGAGAUUUCUUCAGCACUCUCGGUAGAUAGACAGAAAACCGAAUAG